GGUGUUUGUGUGAAUUGGAAUAUAUUUAGCUUUGAUUUGAAAGUGUUUUUUAAAAGUUAAGACUUGAAGUUUAAAUGGGGACCAAAAGAAUAACUGGAAAUUAUCAAAGGCGAAUUUUGAAAUUUAAGUUAGCAAAAAAAAUUAAACUAAUCUCAAAUUUGACAUUAUUUAUAAAGAAUAUUACCUUUUUUCAAUGUUCCUUCUCAUUAUUUUGAAUUGUGUGUCUUCUUGUUCAUUUUCUUUUUGUUCUCAUUAUUCAUUUUAGUGGUCACGGAUUAAAGCGUCAAAUUCUCCUUACUGGCCCGUGGAUAAAAAAAAUAGCCGUUUAGGUUCAAACUUCAAACCUCAAAAUCUCAAACCCUAAAUCCCCAUUUCAAAAUCUAUCUCUUCUCCACUCUCUCUCUCUCUCUCUAAGCUUUGAAGCUCGAAAAGUUUCUAAAAUGGCACCAACACCAUCCUCCUCCUCCUCCGCAAAAUCAAACCAAACCCAAUUCACCUUAAUCAAAACCCCACAAACCAAGCACCGCCUCAAUUUCCACCUCAAACCCCCAAACCCAGACCACACUCCACCGGAGCACCCGGUCGAAGUAAUCGGCCGGAUCCGAGACCACCCAGACCGCAAGGAGAAACCUCCCUCUAUCUUCCAAGCAAACCCAGACAACAACCAAACGGUCAGAGUCAGAGCUGAUGCCGUGUACAGAGACUUCACCCUCGACGGAGUGUCAUUCUCGGAGGAAGAAGGCAUCGAGUCGUUUUACAAGAGGUUCGUAGAGGAGAGGAUCAAAGGCGUGAAGGUUGGGGAGAAAUGUACGGUCGUGAUGUAUGGACCUACUGGCGCUGGAAAGAGCCAUACAAUGUUUGGUGGGUGUGGUGAGAGGGGGAAGAAGGAGGCUGGGAUUGUGUAUCGAUCCUUGAGGGAGAUUCUGGAUGGUGGUGUUGUUGCCUUUGUUCAGGUCACUGUUCUUGAGGUUUAUAAUGAGGAGAUUUAUGAUCUUCUUUCGACUAGUUGUAGUAACAGUUUGGGGAUUGGUUGUCCCAAAGGAGGAACCUCUAAGGCCAGGCUUGAAGUGAUGGGGAAGAAGGCCAAAAAUGCAACCUUCAUUUCAGGGACAGACGCUGGGAAAAUAUCUAAAGAAAUUGCGAAAGUGGAGAAACGGAGGAUUGUUAAAAGCACUCUUUGCAAUGAAAGAAGUUCCCGGAGUCACUGCAUUAUUAUACUUGAUGUGCCAACUGUUGGGGGAAGGUUGAUGCUUGUUGACAUGGCUGGUUCAGAGAAUAUAGACCGAGCUGGCCAGACUGGAUUUGAAGCAAAGAUGCAAACUGCUAAGAUCAACCAAGGAAAUAUUGCACUGAAGCGAGUUGUGGAAUCUAUAGCAAAUGGAGACUCUCACGUGCCCUUUAGAGACAGCAAGCUGACUAUGCUGCUUCAGGACUCUUUUGAAGAUGAUAAGUCAAAGAUACUAAUGAUCCUAUGUGCGAGCCCGGAUCCAAAGGAAAUGCACAAGACUCUCUGCACUCUAGAGUAUGGGGCAAAAGCAAAGUGCAUAGUUCGCGGGUCACAUACUCCUAACAAAGAUAAGAAUGGGGGUGAUGAGUCUUCUUCAAGGAUAGCAGCGAUGGAUCAGUUUAUUUCCAAACUCCAGUCUGAGAAGAAGCAACAAGAGAAAGAAAGGAACGAUGCACAAAAGCAGCUGAAGAAGAAGGAAGAGGAAGUUGCUGCUUUGCGAUCUCUUUUAUUACAGAAGGAAGCAUGUGCCGCCACCAAUGAAGAGGAGGCAAUCGAAGAGAAAGUAAACGAGAGAACCCAGCGUUUGAAAGCUGAACUAGAGAAGAAACUCGAGGAAUGCAGAAGAAUGGCGGAGGAGUUCGUUGAGAUGGAGAGAAGGAGAAUGGAAGAAAGGAUAGUGCAGCAGCAAGAGGAGCUGGAGAUGAUGAGAAGACGGUUGGAGGAGAUCGAGGUUGAGUUUCGGCGCUCAAGGGCCACUACUGAUGAAACCAGUGGGUUUGCCAAGAGACUCAGGAGUCUUUACUCGGAUGAUGAUAUGGUGAAGUCGAUGGAUCUUGACAUGGGGAAGUCAAUGGAUCUUGAUAUGGGUGAUCCAGUAUGGGGAUCUGCUGUUUCAUACCAACCAAGCAACACAAUCAGCAGCAAUUUGUCUAAUGUUUUGCAACCGAAGCCUCAAGAGAAUAUGGCUGCGCAAAUGUACCCUGACCGUGUAUGCCUGAGCACUGUCUUUGAAGAAGAAGAGGUCGAAGAAGAUGAAGAGAAAGUGAUAGUAGAGGAUAAAAGCAUCUGCUCCGUAACAACAAGACCAAUGCCUAGUUUGAACUUUGGAGGUUUGGGUAAAGAAAACUGCGGGAACAGUACCGCUGGUGACAAAGAACCAGCAUCUUGUAGAAAGUUAAGAAUUGAAAAUAUAUUCACCCUUUGUGGCAAUCAGAGAGAGCUCUCUCAACACACUGGAAAAGAUGAGGUUCUUCAAGACAAGAAUUGAUCAGUUGUUUCCUACAACGAAUAAGGCUGAAGCUCCCAUAGAAAACAAGAUGCAGUUUACGCCCAUAUCGAAAGUACACUGAACCACGAAGUUGAUGGGACUUCCAUCACCCGUUGUAGCUCAUCUCAGCUCCAUUCCGUUAAUUACUCUCAAAAGAUAUUGGUCGCUAUGUCUUCUUCUGUUGUCUGUUCAAUGGUAGACUUAUAGAUGUAAGCUUUGUCUAGUUCUCAGUGUUGGAAAAGAACCACAUCUUCAACAAUAUAUGCUAAGAAGGCAUUAGUCGCUUA